AUGCAGCUCUCCAGCUUGCUGCAAAAGCCCUCGGGCUACAUGCUAGCUAGCGUACUCUGCUCACUAGGAGGCUUUCUCUUCGGCAUUGAUACUGGUAUCAUUGGCCCCGUCACUGUAAUGGACGAUUUCACUACAUAUGCUGGCCACCCGUCCCCGACGGUUCACGGCCUCAUCGUCUCGUCUAUCCUCAUACCUGCGGCAAUUUCGUCCUUCUUCGCUGGAAGAGUCGCAGACGCGCUUGGCCGCCCUCUUGGAAUCGCUAUUGGCUCUUUCAUCUUUGGCACCGGCGCUGCACUCGAAGCGGCCUCUGUUCACAUUGCCAUGUUCAUCGUUGGUCGCAUUAUCGAGGGGAUUGGAGAGGGUCUUUAUCUUAGCAUGAUGGUGGUUUAUAUCUGCGAGAUCUCACCUCCAAGAUAUCGCGGCGCCCUAACCACCGCGCCACAACUUCUCACCACUCUCGGCCUGGUCACCGGCUUCUUCACAUGCUACGGCACCGCCAACAUGCAAUCGUCAUUCUCCUGGCGCCUGCCAUUCAUCCUGCUAGCCGCAUACUCAGCAGCCUUUUCCGCCUCGGUAUUCAUGUGGCUGCCCCCAUCCCCACGCUGGCUCACUCUUCACGGGAAGACGCAAGAAGCCUCCGCGGCAUGGGACAAACUCGGGGUCGAUGCCGCCGACCGGGAGAAGAUCCUAGACCAAUACGACGCGACCGUAGUCGAAGACGCCAUCCCCGACGCCAGCGGCAACACCAGCGCCGGGCACGUGGCAUCCACCACGAUCGCCAUUCCCAAGUCGAAGAAGGCGAAGAUGCUCGACGUAUUAUCCUCCGACGCACGCCCCCGCCUCAUUCUCGCCGUCUUCCUCAUGGGCAUGCAGCAACUAAGCGGCAUCGACGGCGUUCUCUACUACGCUCCCCUCCUCUUCCAACAAGCCGGCCUCUCCUCCAACGAAUCAACCUUCCUCGCCUCGGGAGUCUCCGCAAUCCUAAUAUUCGCCGUCACCAUCCCCGCGACCAUCUGCGCAGACCGGUGGGGACGGCGUCUAAACACGAUUCUCGGGGGACUAGGCAUGACCGUAACCAUGUUCCUCAUGGGCACGUUAUACGCCUCGUCCUCCGUGCACGCGGGCACAGGGGCCGGACGCUGGGUCGUGAUCGUGUGUAUCUACGCGUUCGCGGUGAUCUACUGCGUGUCCUGGGCCGUGGGGAUCAAGGUCUACGCGGCGGAGAUCCAGCCCCAGCGGACAAGGGCCAGCGCGACGAGUAUUGCGCACGGGAGCAAUUGGUUGAGUAAUUUCCUCGUUGCGCUCGUUACGCCGACGUUGCUCGCGAAGACGAGUUACGGUGCGUAUUUCCUGUUUGGCGGAUGCACGUUAUUGACGGCGGCUGUGUGUUGGGUUUUUAUGCCGGAGACGCGGGGGAUGAGUCUUGGUGAGAUUGACGAGGCGUUUGUGAAGAAGAGCGGGUUGGCUAAGGUUAGUGGGGUGGGAGAGUGGGCGAGGUCGUUGCAGGGGAGGGUUAGGUGGAGGAGACCGGUUGCGGUGGAUAUGGAUGCUUAA